UCGUGUAGCGAUAAACAAAUCCCCAAAAUAAAUAGCUCUGUAAGUUUUCGACAUUGAAUGCUGACCACAUGUUUUAUUGGACUCACCCAGCUGAAGGCGCUCGCUCGUGCAUCCGCACCAGAUCACGUGUGGGAACGCUUUGUUCAACAUCUACUGCAAUCGCUAGCCAGACUAGAUCAGACAGUUCCGAUAUAUUGGCAAUCUUGAAAUACAAAUUCUGAUCUCCUCAAUUCUGUCUUUUGAUUCCUCUUGGUGGGUACGAGAUAUAUUAGAAGGUGUUACUGGUUAAAGCGUUGUCAAACACUGAAUACCUGUGACAUCUUCACUCGCAAUACCUUAUCACAAAGAAUGGCCACAGAUUUCAGACCCGAUGUUGUUAAUACUAAUAUCUGAAGAUUGAUUUGGAUUUUUGGAAGCAAUUAGUUGAAUAUAACUGCCAAGAAGUUUCAAAUGUGUUUGAACUAACCAAAGUUUGGUAUUGCAUUGUAUAUUAGGGGGUUGUUUUGAAAGCUUGAGGUCACCUGGUGGUCUUGUGGAUUUCAAUUCCCAUCUGCAUAUAAGGGAUGAAAGUAUUUGUUCGGGAGUGUAAAACUGACAAACUACUUCUUACAUGGGAGAAUGUCUCAAAUGAUGCAACGAUUCUCGACCUUAAAAAUAGGAUUUAUCUGGAAAGUAACACAUUUUUUGUGGUUAACCAAAGUUUCAGGAAAGAAGCCUCAAUUAAUACGACAGAGUAUUCGUCUUGAUCCUCGUGGAAAGUCAAUAGAUGAUAACAAACGAAUAUCUGAGUUUGAAAACACGGACAAAUCUGGGUGUGUUAAUUUAUAUUUAAGGGAUAUUGGACCACAAAUUGGUUGGCGUACGGUGUUUUUAUUAGAGUACACAGGACCACUAAUCAUAUAUGCAGUCGUUUGGCUUCUUCGACAACCUUCUUUAAAAAAUAACAUGCUUCCUCCUAUGUCAUCUGACUUCUAUUUAAGAAGAGUUGCUUUAGCUUGUUGGUCUGGCCACUACAUUAAACGUCUACUGGAAACCGUGUUUGUCCAUCGGUUUUCUCAUGCUACAAUGCCAUUGCGUAAUCUGUUCGUCAAUUGUUCAUAUUAUUUUGGAUUCGCUUUGUUCAUAAGCUAUUUUACAAAUCAUCAUUUAUACACACCACCUACCUUUGGUCACACACAAAUAGUUAUAGGCUUCUUUCUCUUCAUGAUUGGCGAAUGGGGAAACUUUUCAUGUCAUUUAGCAUUUAAACGACUUCGACCAGCUGGUUCAAAAGUUCGACAGAUACCUUAUCCAGUGGAUGGUUGGUUAUGUACUCGGAUGUUUAAUUUAGUGGCAUGUCCUAAUUACACUUAUGAAAUUAUAUCAUGGAUUGGUUUUACUAUUAUGACACAAACAUUACCAGGUCAGUUGCUAAUUUUUUGACUCUCAAUAUAAUGUUAGUCAAUCAGAUUUAUUUUAUAUUUCCAAAUGUAUUUGAUGAUGUGUUUUAAGUUACUUGCUUACGCCUGUUACUCCUCAUGGAGGAGCGUAGGCCUUCGACCAGUAUUCUCCAUCAGACUCUGUCUUGGGCAAGCCUUUCUAGUUGCUAUUGAUCCUUUUCAUAUCUGCUUCCGAUUCCCGACGCAGUGUGUUCUUCGGCCUUCCUUUUUCCCGUUUCUCUUCAAGAUUCCAAGGACUUGAAGAGGAAAAUAGGGUACCGAUAUGCUUGAUGGUCUGACUAAGUGGUCACAGUUCAAAAAUAACAGGUGCUUAGGAUCGGUCAGUCUCUCUGUGAAUAAUUUUAAAAUAUCUUAACCUCGUACUCCGAAAGGCCAUUCUGUGGGCGGUGGAAAUCUGUAGGACAUGAGGAUAUGUUCUAAUUUCAGAUUCGACCUUUUAUAAUCCUUUCUGUUAUGGCAAGGUAACAUCCCUAUUGAUACUGAUUUUCUCAUGAACGCAAGUUACUUCCAUCUCGCCCCUGUACAAUUAGGAAUACAAAUUUGUUCCUGGAUUGAGUUUGUUGUUUUUAAUCAUACUAUUAUCCAGCUGACCUACCUGGUAUAGUAGGACUUGAAAGAAUAGAUGUUCUAAUCGAUAUAGUUCGACGGAGUCUUCAUGAUAUCAAGACAUCCGAAACCUUUGGAUCAAACCUUAGUCAUCAGUGAAUACACAAUUAUUGUACACUUUGUUUAGUUACUAACAAGGUUUAAUCAUUCUACAUAUCAAAAUAUUUUUGUUGUUGUUGAAGAAUCCUCAAACACUAAAUUGUUAAUUUUCUCAUUUAUUCUAGCUCUUAUAUUUACUAUUUGUGGAUUUCGUCAAAUGAGUGUAUGGGCUAUUAAUAAAUUGAAAGCGUAUCGUCUUGAAUUUACAGAUUUUCCAAAAAAUCGAAAAGCAAUUGUACCAUUUAUUCUUUAAUUUCUUUAUUACAUAAUCAUUCUAUGCAUCAUUAAUAUCACUAUGAUUGUUAUUGAACUUUUAAUAUUCAUUGUGAUCUCUGUUUUUAUUUGAAGACAUAAAUAUUGGUACAAGGGGGCAUCAAAUAUAUAUGCGCCACACUUUUGUAUGUGGGCUGUGAUACUGUCCGGGUGCCCAAACCGAAUCAGGUGGUUUUCUUAGGAGGCCACUCUCCUAGCCUUCGACCUGAAGAUCUGAUCCAUAAGGCAGUGGAGCAUCGUAAGGAGAUGCAGUCCCACGGUAGCCGGUGACCAACAAUUGGUUCAUACGCCAUUUGUUCCCGCAAGAUACUGGAGCCCGCGUACACCAUUGGUUUGGAAUCCGGUUAAAGCGCCGGACAUUCACCUCUCGUCCUCUCAUUUCGUAAACAACACUAAUGCCGCGAGAAGGCAGUGAGUAAGACUUCCCUGGAAGAGGUUAUAUACGCAUGGCCAUGUGAGAGCAUUCGGAGAGGGAGAGCGGACUCUCCCCACUCUCGGCCAUACCAGGGCAUUUGGGGGCAAUUGAUGAGAUCCCAAAAAGCAAUCGAUUAUUCAGUCAGAUUUGGAAGCCCCAUCAGUGAGAAAUCAUUCUUUAUCUUAUUCUAUUUGAACACAAAUAUUGGUACAAAGGGUCGCUAAAUACAUAUGCGCCACACAAGUCACCUGAUUUGUGUGUGAGCUGUGAUACUGCCAGUGUCCAAGCUGAAGCAGGUUAUUUUCUUAGGGAGCCAUACCCGGAGCCUUCGACAUAAAGAUGUGAUCAACAAUGCAGUGGAGCAACGUCAGAAGAUGCAGUCCCACGGUAGCCGGUGACCAACUAUUAGCUCAUACGCCAUUUGUUUCUUCAGGAUACUGGAGCCCAUGUGCACCAUUGGUUUGGAAUCAGGGUUUUCCAACUCCUCUAGGUGGACCCUACUUGUCUAGCAACCUGGUUAAAGCUCCAGACAUUCGCUUUUCGUACUGUCGAUUUCGUAAACAACACCCCCGCCACGAGAAGGCAAUGAGUAGGACUUCCCUGGCAGAAGCUAAAUACGCGUGGCCAUGUGAGAGCAUUUGGAGAGGGAGACCUGACUCACUCCACUCUCGGCCGUACCAGGACAUUUGGGACCCACUGUUAUAUAAUAUACUCUUGUGGGCCAGGGUAAUUUUACAUUGGUUUCCAGGAAAAACCAGACACCAUCCGGGCUUUCACGUGACAACCCAAACAUUACAGCUCAAUCCCGUUUAACAGGAGAACGAGUAUACUGCGCGGCAGUCCGUUCUGUUUUAAUUUACGGCAGCAAAACAUGGCCAUUAAGAGUAGAAGACACUCGUAAGCUAUUAGUAUUUGACCACAGAUGCCUUAGAAAUAUUGCUGGGAUCACCGGGUAAGUAAUAGUGAGGUUAGACGCAGGGUAUUAGGGAAUGAUGGUAAAUCAGUUGAUGAGGUUAUGAAUCUUCAUCGACUGAGAUGGUUGGGCCACGUUACGUAUGCCUGAACACCGAUUACGACGACGUGCAAUGCUAUCCGGUAUUGGAAAUGGUUGGAAGAAAGCUAGAGGCGGCCAAACCAAAACGUGGCAUCAGUGCAUGAAGUCACUAACUUCUAGUCUGAGCCAUGUUGGUAGAUGCAGACUACUUGGUUGGGGUCCGCGUGACUAUCGUAACCAAUGGUUGGAGACUCUUGGUGACAUGGCUCAGAAUCGAUCACAAUGGCGUCGGUGUAUACACUCCCUGUCUUCCCUUAAACUAAGAGAUUGGAAUCGCUUCAUAUCUUUCUUUCUACAAACCAAUUCUUUCUUCUUGUACUAUAUCUCUAUACGCAAUCUUUCUCCUACAUAUUACUAUUUUUGACCUAACCACUGCUAUGAAUCCGGUGUUCAUCUUGUUGUGCUGAUGCGGUAUGGCAACCUGGACCGAUGCACAUAUGUGCCUGGUCCUACGUUGUAGCUGACUGACUGAACAGGAGAACCAGGCACCGUAUUGGCUUUAACGCUACAAUCUGAAUAGUACAGCUCAAUCCUGUGGCGCAACCACUCAGGUACCAAGCACCCUGGUGGACCAGGAAGAAAUAAGCACAAAUAUAUGUCAUUCUGAUGUAUAUUUUUCUAUGUAAUGUAAAAAAAGGAAAUACAUUUCGUUUCUAUACUUUCACCUAGAUUAAUCAACGAAAAGAAAACGUAUUCGUGUGAAAGAUUUAUUGGGAGUGUUAAACUUUCAUAGUGUAAUGCAUCAUGGAUUGGUUUUAGUUAGACAGCUAUAUUGAAAACCAAAAAGCAUUGAAUAGAAUGUUCUCUCUUGUUGGUAGUACGUAAUUAUCCAUAACCUCAUAUUGCUAUGUAGCUCUUUCUAGUUUUCAAUAGUUGUCUAACUAAACGACAGUCCAUCAUGUAGAUUCUGGGAAAGUAAUUAUAGGGGAUCUCCAAUUAGUUGUCAGUAGGAAAGCUAACAAGUAGGUAAUGGUAUUGUGUCAAAGAUUUCGUAAACAGUGAUUAACUGGCUAAAAGAAAACUAUUGUGGAUCAUGUUCGGAAGGUGUGAGCUUGAGAUAUUUUUCGUCAGAAAAGUAUGCACCAACUUGACUACCGUUGUUUCUGCUUUCUUAUCUUUAAACGUGGUGUCAAGAAGUUGGCCUACUAAUCCAGCAAUUCACACUCGACUGUAAAGAUCAAACAAUAUUGUACGACAAAUAAUCAUUCUUCUUGACGUAUUUAUAUAUAUUCGUCGAACUUCUUCCCCAAUAAUAAAAUUGCUAGCCCCAUUAAUAACAGAAUAAAGACUUUCACUUAAAGGAGAACACUCCGUUGCUAAACUAGCUUAUUUCUGUUUCACAAAUAACAUGUUAUCAUCAACUGUCUACACCAAUUUGGGUGUACGUGCAAAGACAUUUUUUAAUAAAUUAUAUGUAAGGAAAUUAUUCACACUAAGAAACAAAACGGUGAACAAAUAUUCCUUUUCAAUCAGCUGCUGUGCAUUGUGUUUCUACGAUUAAGUGUCCAGUUUAUACUAUAACAGUAACUUAACAUUAUCAUUAUAAGACGUAGGUUGAAAUUUUGGUCAGCUAAGUUUUAUCGAAGUCUUUCUAGAAACUAUUGUUAUACAGAAUCCUGUAUCUACUUGCAGCUUAACCGGUUUCCAUUAAAGUAAACAGUUACGUGUUUUCUGUUCAUCGAGAGUUGAGUACCCUGUAUGGCUAGAACAACAUUAGAAUUACGUGAUAUUUCUAGUGAGAUUUUCCUUACGACACUCAUGCUGAAAGUCAGCAGUUUUUUGCUUAAUUUUACCACACACAUGAAAGACUUUCGCAACACAUCAACUCCUUCAUGUACACAGUUACUCUGUCAAAUGUGUAUCGUGCUUCAAAUCACCCAUCCCCCCAACGUUGUUUGUACAGUGAUACUGGGAUCUACAUCGUUCCUCUGAAAUAUGUGUUCUGAUGUCCGUUGGUCGUAACCCAUACACAAAAAUUGAUGAUCGUUCCUCAAAUAUACGUGUCAGGCACUACUGUUUCCAUGACGGUUAGGUCACAUGGCUUCUCCGUAAGAAUAAAAAUUACGAAACUUUUAAUGUUCAGAAACCUCAGGUUUUCGCAAUAAUCUGUUCUCUGAUUUCAUCCCAAUUUUUACAACCAUUCAUAAACGAAUCCUCAUGGUGCUUAAACCAUGCAUCAAAAGUAAUUCCACCUCGAUUAAACAUAAAUUUACUUAUCGAAUUUGCAAUGGUAUCCAAAGUCGUAGUCGAACUGGAUAUAAAGAUCAUUGAAGAUGUCGACAUAUUCUUGACCAACAAUUCAAUUAGAUCAUUUUACUGUUGCUAUAAGGAUUGCAGACUAUUCAUUUUAUUGAUGAAAAAUCCACUUUAACUAGAUAAAGGAACGUAGAUCCGUUUUAAACAUAGUCACUAAGCAUACUAAAGUACUUGAGACGAACAAUUUAUCUACCUGUACGGCUCACUAGUUAUAUACUAGAUACCAGCCAGGUUUAAUAUAUCAGGAACCCACACAACUCAAAUGAAGAACAUGCAAUACCUCUGACUAGUACGUAAUGUUAACCAACAUUAAAGUAAAUAUAAGGAGUGGGGGAACAUAUAUGGUACAUCAAAUAUCUGUGAGACUAUCUACCAAUCUGUCUAGAAUAUUAACCAGUAAAUAUUUCGUCUCACCCAUACAAUACAAAUCUAAGUCAUCAGCAUUAUCACUGUUCAGCAAGAAAUCUCACUAAUCUAUUAGUCUUCUUUCAAUUAUUAUUUGAGUUUGGCAAGUAUCAGAAGUGUACUUCUAUAUUUGAAAAAAAAGAGCUACUUUGUCGAAUUAAGAAUGACAACUACAACUCUAGUUGACAUUUCGACCAGUCAACAACACCAGUGAAACAGUUUUAAUGUCAUAAUAUCAUAUAAUCAACACACCGUGAUCAAAUAUAACCGCCUUUAAUAAUAAACGAUAUGUAUUUGCUGAAACAUGCACAGAGAAGAUCAGCUACAACGUCGUAUAUUUAAAAUUUUCGAUUUUUACACUUUACAGAAAACAUAAAACUGAUCAGACGGGCAUGUAGAAAUCAAUUAAGUAGCAUAAAUUUACUUAAAGCUUCUGACUUUCAUAUAUUUAGUACAUUAUUCGGUAAAAGUAUGACAAGUUCGAAUCCCAAGAGCGGAGUCGUGGAUACGCAUUACUGAGGAAACCCAAACUAGGACGAAACAGCCGUCCAAUACUUCCAGGUUUUUCAUGGUGAAGCAGCUUUAAAUGACUCAUGAAUUCAACUAUUAAAUUACUAUAAUAUUCAUAAAAACCCCUGUCUGAUAGAUGCAUAAUAUGCUGACGACCUUGGGCGACUUAUCAGACAACCAGGAAACUUUGAAUAUUUACCAAACAACUAACUAUAAAUGGCGAUAAAAUGAGAGUGAAAUAACAGUCUUGGUUCAAAUAAUCAAUCAAAAGGAGAAACGUCAUUUCCAUAUAUCAAGAGUUCGGAUGGUAUUCUAAGUGUUUUAACAUACAAAUCGCCUAAACAGAAGGUAUGUUUUGUCGUUUAGGUUAAAAACCAUUUUAAAUUUACAAUUUCGGUUAUUGAUUCUGGGCAUUUCAAGGAUUAAUUAUCAUCAUCUUAAUAACAGUAUACAAGUUAUCUAUCACUACACUUUACAAUUCAAGCUAAGUAUAUACGGAGUUAUCUUUGUUCUACUUGGUUAACUCAUAGCUAUCAAUAUGUUAGAAUUUCAUUUAUCACAUUGACGAACGUUGAACUAAAAAGUGUUGAGACGGCUUCCGAAAACUACAACGAAAUCGAAGAGUUCCCAUCUAAUCAGAACGUAAUGGAGCUUUCUAGGAUAUCAACGUGGCAUGUUACCAUUAGACAUUAGCAUUACAUGCCUCUUUAAGUGGUGACUGAAUUAUAGCGUUUUUAUAACAAACGCCAAUAUCUAUAAAUAUGCACGAUUUCCCGUACCUUUUGAUUCUUACCGAACAAACACUUCUCCAGCUUUCUUCUGUAUUCUGACUUUUUUGCGAUUGCAGGUUUCUAAACGUUUGAGUGUUGUAGUUGUAUUACCGUAUUCUGUCUUAAUCAAGUAACGAAUAUAACAGAAUAAAGCAGUUUUGCAAUUCACUUUCUUUUCAAUGUUAUUUCAUGAUGAAAUUAAUUCUUACUUACUUACGCCUGUUACUCCCAAUGGAGCAUAGGUCGCCGACCACUCUUCUCUGACCCACUCUGUCCUGGGCAUUCCUUUCCAGUUCUAUCGAAUUUUUCUCAUGUCUGUCUCCAUUUGUCGACGUAAUGUGUUCUUUGGUCUUCCACUUUUCCCUUGACCUUGAGGAUUUCAUGUGAGGGCUUUGCCGUGUGACGCAGUUGAGUGCUUUGCUCAACGUGUGUCCUAUCCCUAACUCCGCCUGGAGCCUAUCUGGGGCUACUACCGACUCCAAGCUCGGGUAAAGAACGAGGGUUGGGUAUGGAGUUAGCGACCCCAUCCCGUAGAAAACUAACUUGCUAAAAAGAAACGCUAACCAUAAAUUAAUUCUAUAUACAAUCAAAUGCUUGUAUUCAUUCAUUAUAUUCAUGACCUACAACAUUAUCUUAAUAUAUCAGAUAUUGAUUCCAUUUAAGAAUGUACUAAUUAUUCUAUGCAAAAUAUUCAGUAAUAUGCAUAGAAAUUCAUUUAUUUAAACAACAAAACAAAAGAAUAAUAUUUCUAUUUGAGAUGAAUGUAAUACACAUUAUUAUAGUGAAUAAUGAACAUUGAAAAGUCAAUAUACACAAUAUAUUCAAUGUACAAUGGUCGUAUAUACAGACACAUACACACACACACGCGCACAGUUUUUUUCUCAAAAGAAAUCUCAUUUCAGAAUGAUAAACUACUGUACACAAACAAUAGCGUAAUAAUAAUAAUAAUAAAAGAAUAAUGUAUACAUGAUGCCAAUUAUCAACUGUCUUCAUCAUCAUCAUCGACCUUCUUUAAACUACCAAAUACCGCCAAUGGAACAGGUUGAUUUUCAAUAUCAAUAUCUAAAUGUAUAGUAUGAUAAAUAAAUAAAUAGUAAAUCUUUUUUCUUUUUUAGAUAAUGAAUAUAACAGUCAGUCAGUCAGUAACAACGUAGAAUUUCGUAUGUACGUACAUCAGUUCGAGUUGCCAUAUCACAUUAGCACAGAGAUGCAGUGGUCGAUUCAAAUCCCGUAGUGGUAGAGGUAGCAAGAUUAUAAGCAGUAAUCGGGAAGAUUAGGGUUUGGAGAUGUUAUUUAAAGAGUAUAAUACAGUGAAAUAUAUUUGGAAAGAGAAAAGAGGAAGGGACAUGAAGAAUUUAGAAGAUUAGAAUUUGGAAGAACACAAAGAGUGGAUCCACCUGCGCCAUUGCAAACGAUUUUGAGCUAUGAAUGAAUGAAUAUAACAACAACAUGAUAAUUUUGUUUGAAUAUUGUUGAGAAUGUUAGAUCCCGCCGGAGAACUCACUUGACAACUAUUUUAUUUUUGUAAUUUUAUUUUAAACAUUUGAAUUCCCUUGUUUUCAUGCCAAAAACGCUCAUUUUCACCUUCAUGUUGUAUUACUCACUUGGGAGGAUCUUAAAUGCUAUUGGUUUGUUGUAUCUUUUAGUAUGUGAUUUUAUAACACAUCCGAAGGACAAUUUUAUGCUGUAUAUGUAUACAUUUGAUUUGUGCUUCUGGCUACUUGCGGAAUAUAUUUCCGCAUUUCGAACCUGGACUUUACUCUCUAUUUAGCGGGGAUGAGACGCAUCAAAAUAGCUAGCUUGUUGGUCAUUAGUCACAGAGACUUUUUUGUGUUGUCAGACUACGCGAACUUGUAAUCGUUUCAAACACAGCAAAUAUUUAGUGGUAAAUAAACAUAAAAAUCUAUUCAUUAAUUCAUUGAGUCAGCUACAACGUAGGACGAGGCACAUUUUUGCAUCGAUCCAAGUUGCCAUACCUCAUUAGCUAGCACAACAAGAUGAACACCGGAUUCAUAGGAUUAGUUAAGUCAAUGGUGGUAAUAUACAAAAGAAAGAUCGCAUAUAAUACAGGAAGAAAGAAUUAGUUGGUAGAAAGAAAGAUAUAAAACAAUUUUAAUCCCAUAGGUUAACGGAAGACAGAGAGUAUAUACAUUUACACCAUUGUGAUCGAUUCUGAGCCAUGUCACGCGAACCCCAACCAAGUAGUCUGCAUUUCCCAACAUGGUUCAGACUAGAAUUUAGUCACUUCAAUGACUGAUGCCACGCUUUGGUUUGACCACCCCUAACUUUCUUCCAACCGUCUCUUUCAUUAAUUACUAUUAUUGUAAUGGAGAAAUAAAUAAGCAGUUGGAAACAGUAGACAUGAAACCUUCAAUUCAGAUAUAAAUAAACAACACAGUUCAUGCAUGAAAUUCCGUCCAUCAGUAGCCAGUUCCUUUAUCUAAGAGUUAAUGAGUGAAAUAAGACGUGGAAUCUUGUGAUUAG